AUGAAGUUUGCUAAAUUUCUAUUUGCUGAAUGUUCUUCGUUAUCAAGUCCAACUGAUGGACCAGAAAAAGUCAUUAUUACACCAAUUAUUCCAGAAGAACCAAUAGCUUCAUGUUUUUUUCCGAGCAACUUAACUGGCCAAUGGAUAAAUACAGCAAAUGUCCAUGCUCGUGCUUUAAUUAAUACAACACAUAUUCAUGAAAUAGCCAAAGUUAAUAAUCGAGGUUGGCUAAGAGAAACUUAUUAUGUUUGUCAACAAACAUCUCGUAGUCAAUAUCUAGUUAAAGCUGCUACUAAAGGAGAAUGUUUCUCGUAUUAUAUUUGUUUCGAUUUUAAAGAUCGUCAUCAUAAUAUAUUAAGAUAUAGAAAAUCAAAAUCAUUUAUGUCAAAUUUAUAUAAAUUAUUUCCGAAUCGUGAUCCUUUCUAUGAAGUUUGUUCAUGGACAAGUUUUGGUAAUGAUGCUAAUUGGAAAUAUCAAGUUUUAGCUUUGGAUCCACCGGCACCUAUUGAAUGUCCAUUUACGGGUAUGUGGACAUUUAAACAAGUUGGACAAUCAAGUUCAUUAAUUCAAACACGAAUCCGUGGUGGUGUAAGACCACGACCACGUGAUCAUGGUUGGUAUAUAACAUGUGAUCCACAAUAUGUUGUAUCACAAUGGACUAUUUGUGGUGAUCAAACAAAAUCAAUGUUUGCUGAUCGUGAAUAUUGUCGACAAUUAGAUCCAUAUGGAACACCCAUUGGUGUUUACGAACAACCUGAUUAUAUUUAUCAAUGUGCUGGUUAUUGGACAGAAGAUUCUCGUUCAAUGAUGGUUACAUAUGAUCGAGAUGAUCCGUAUAAUAAUUUUAAAUGUUGGGUCUACGAAAGAAGAGAUUUAACAAGUAUAACAUUGUCAAGAUCAGCUGGUUCAGCUUGUGGUUUUAAUCAAACAUCUGAAAGUUAUAAAGCAGAAGAUGGAGCUGAUCUUGCUAUUACACUUACUGAAGCUGAGCGUAUUCAUGAUGAUUGUCCAAUUCGUUAUGAUGAUGGUCGUAAUGUUUUUGUUGAUUUAGAAGAAUUUAAUUUUUAUUAUGGAAAAUCUUCAGUUGUUCAACUCAACAAAUUUUUUCUUUCUUUUUUCUUUUUUCUAUUAUUCAUAUUGUUUAAUUAA